GCACGGCAUGCGAACCGAACCCGCAUCCCACUCCAAAGACCGAGACUAAGCAUGCGACCUGACCCCUCUUCAUUAACCAGAGAAUUCCCCUACUCCAUUGUCUUCUAGCCCCGCCCUCCAUUGGGCACGCCCUUCGCCCUGUCCCACGCCCUUUAUUGGCCUCCAGGGCACGCCCCCCGGAUCUCUCGGUUCCCAUUGGUUCUUCUCUCACGUCAACCUCUGCUUAGGGGUUCUUAUUGGUGUGGGCCACACCCUCUCAUUUGUCUCCAGACCCCGCCUUCAGGGUCUCCAUCCUCACCUUGCCUUCAUUCAUUCUGCGUCUAGAGAGUGCUUGGGCCGAGAGGGUAAAUCAGACCCUCCCUGAUCUCCGGGAGUUCAGGGAACGGUAGGGAAUAUGGACCUAGCCUCCAACCGUGACAGCCUAGGGCUGUCAAGAAGCCAUCAAGACCCUGGGACCCUUUACACAUCGGGAAGGCUUCUCAGAGAAAGUGAGGCCUAAACCGAGCCCUGAAAAAAUGGUUAAGAGGUUACUCCAGGGACACAUUGGCCAAAGAAUUCUUGGCAGAAGAACCUGAGACGUGAAAGAAACAGGUGCAUUCUGGUAAUUACGAGGAGAUGGAGGAAUAACAGCAUUUAUUUAUGCUGAUGGACAGAACCCGGUGGAGAGGAAGCCUGGUGAUGUAGGAUCAAGGAGGAAUGUUGGAGUUGAGUCCCUGACCAGGCAAGGGAGGUCAGAGGCUGGCGUCUCCAGUCAGUGUCUGGGGAGAGACUGGAUUGCACUGAGCCCUGGCACAGAGUCAGGGGUGAGUACCUGUGCCUCGGAUGACUGCUAGGGAGACACCUCAAAUAGGAGACAGUCCAGGGGCUAGUUUGAGUGUACUGGUUUUCCUCUGAUUCCCCAAAGCAGACUGUAAUUCUGUUCUGAAUAGAUGACCAAUGGGAGAGACAGUAUUUCAUGUGGGGACUGGCCUGAGCAGGGCAUACUCAUUCAGACUGACUGAUUACAGAUGGGCAGGAGGAUAUAGACAGAGCUAGGUAAAGGGGACAAAAUCGGACUGAGAAGAUGCCAUCUGUACAAAGCAGUCUGUGGCCUUCCCUUACCUCUGGUCCGUCUAGGGAUCUGAGGCUGCAUUUUGCCAACUCCCAGACUGGGUAAGUGCUAAGCACUGAGGUUAGAACCAUGUUUGGGGUCUUAGUUUUAGCUCUAGAUCUAACCAUCUGAGAGGAUUUUAGUGAGUAGGAAAAUGUAUAAAAUUCUUCCUCUCGAUUUGCUUCACCUCAGACUGUUUGGGUAAACCUGGUGGAAGGAGCGGAUGCUGGGGAGGGUGGAUAGUUUCUCAGGUUCCUGGCAGCAGACCCUGGAUCCAACAAGGAUAACACGGGACACAGGGCUUUCUCCUCUGACCACAUCCACUCAUGCUGGUCUCUGCAUGCCCUUCUGUGUCCCUAGAGGUCAACAGUGUGGGAAGUUGGAACAACCGAGCUGGAUGUAACCCUCAGGACAGAAUGGUGCUGGAUUCAGGGGCUCAGGUGUAUGAGCAGGCCCCCCCCAGCCCACCUGCUAGCCCCUCAUCUCAGCGCCAUAGGUUGGAGCCCUCAAACCGAAAUGGGCCACCCCUGUACCCCUGGCCUCAGUCCCUGGCUAUGCCUUUGGCCCUGGCAGUUCCCUCAGCACUGCAGUCUCAGCCUGUGUGGCAGACCUUCUCAAAGCUGCACUUGGGAAACCGUAGCCACAUGCGUCGCAGUGAGAGCACCUACAAUGUAAAUAGUACUGGCCAGCGGGGGCGAGGCAGAGCUCCGCUUGGACGGGGAUGUGAUCCAGGUGGAGGGACCCUACGGCCUGCGGCCUCCUUACCUCACAUUGCUAAGACUCGAAAGUAUGUAGGCAAUGGUAGCAACAAGAGCCCCUGCAUGUUAGUGGCCCUGCGGCCAACCAACAUGGACCAGGAACGGGAGAAAUUCUUCCAGUCCCAUUACACCUACAAUCCACAGUUCGAGUACCAGAAACCGAUGCCAAUGAGUGUGCUGGAGAAGUACCAGGAGGCCUCUGGACAGUUCAUCCAUCAGGCCGUUGGCAUCAUUGAGGCUGUCCUGGAGAAGUUUGGCACUUAUGAACACUUUGAGGCCGCCACAGGGGGCCAGCUGCUGACCAAGUGUCAAAUUUGGUCCAUUGUGCGAAAAUACAUGCAGAAGGAAGGCUGCGUUGGGGAGGUUGUGGUGCAGCUGAGUGAGGACCUGCUGUCCCAGGCGGUGAUGAUGGUGGAGAACAGCCGACCCACGCUGGCCAUCAACCUGACCGGAGCCCGCCAGUAUUGGUUGGAGGGCAUGCUGCGGCACGAGAUAGGCACCCACUACCUGCGUGGCGUGAACAAUGCAAGACAGCCGUGGCACAGCACCGAAGGCCGCUUGCAGUAUGGGCUUCGGCCAGCCAACCCCACUGAAGAGGGCCUGGCCAGCCUGCACAGUGUGCUGUUCAGAAAGCAACCCUUCCUGUGGCGGGCGGCCCUGCUCUACUACACCAUUCACCAGGCUGCGCGCAUGUCCUUCCGCCAGCUCUUCCAGGAUCUGGCCCAGUAUGUGCAGGAUGAGGCUGUUCGCUGGGAGUACUGUGUUCGUGCCAAGCGAGGGCAGACGGAUACUUCCCAGCCAGGCUGCUUCAGCAAGGACCAGGUGUACCUGGAUGGCAUUGUGCGCAUUCUGCGGCACCGUCAGACCAUUGAUUUCCCGCUGCUGACCUCGCUGGGCAAGGUCUCCUAUGAAGAUGUGGACCAACUGAAGCCCCAUGGAAUCCUAGAUAAUACCCGAGUGCCCCACUUUAUGAAGGACUUGGUACGCUACCGGCAGCAGCUGGAACACAUCAUGACCACUAACCGACUGGAUGAAGCGGAGCUGGGCCGCCUGCUCCCGGACUGAUGUUGGCUAAGGAUUAUAGACAGAAGCUCUUGACAGAGGUCUCAGACCGGAAUAUGAAGCUCUUUAUGGUUCUAUAGCCUAGGUGUUUCUUGAGGGGGGCACUGGGCUACCAGGAGCAUCUUGGGAAGAUGAAAGGCAACGUCAGAAGGUUUUUGUCCUUGCUAGUCUUCCUGGGGCCUGUGAACUAGCAUGUCACAUAAACUCCUGACCAGGGGAGACCUGGGGAGAGGGGAACUGAGUGUGAAUAGGAAUGUGGGUUGAUUUGGGAAUAGAAAAUUGUUCCUGCAUGAGAUGGCUUUUGGUGUCUGGUACCGGCCUUUCCCUUCCCCCACCUGGCCUGUUGGUGCUCUUCAGCAUUCUUACCGUCUACCUCUCACUGGGUCUAGUGGGAGUUAGGAUCCCCUCUGAGGUGGCUUGCCUGAGCAUAGGGUCCUGGCUUUCACUCAGGCUCAGAGACCCAGCUGGGCUGGAAUCCACUUUUCAGCAUUUUGCCCCUCUCACUGGUGAUGUAUUCUUCCAUGAAUUUGCCUCCGGCGGGGCCUGGGAGGCAGCAGUUCCUGAAAGUUCAGUGGAGGGACGGGACACUUUGGAAAGGUACCAUUUGUUCCUAGUCCCCUCUUAUGACACAGACACACAGACACACACACACACACACACACACACACACACACACACACACACACACACACACACACACGCUGGACUUCAGGGCUUGUGAGCCCAGCACUGCCCCACCCUCGGUCCCCACACUAACCUUGGUUGUGCCUGUCUCUGACCACACCCUCACAGCUGGUCUCUGGCAGUAGUUGGUGCAGGCUGGAAGCAACCACAAUCAAACCUGCGGGUCAGGCCUAUAGCAUUUGUUCUUAAGUUCUGAGCCUCUCGGGCCAGGAGAGGUCAGAGCUGGUGAGCGCCUCCAUUUUCACUUCAGAUUCAGCCGUGAGGGAUGGAGCCAGUACUGUUCCCACCCUGGCCUUUUGUUUUCUCAUCUGUGAAGCUUGGAAUCAUAGCUGGGAAGUUCUUAUUCACUGACUUAAUAGAUAUGUACAGAGUUCCUUGUGUAAGUCUGUGACUGCUUAGAUCCCCACUGCGCUCCCAGUUCAGAGGAAAGCCAGAUAAUUAAACAGCAGUUACAAUGA